AUGACUUCCUGUUCCACAGGAUUACAGAUAGAAGGACACAAAGGCCAGAUUCCCUUAAUCAUCCUUCAGAAAGAAACAGGUAUUCUGGUCAGUCUGUGGAUGAUUGAUCGAAUUGGCCGGAAAAAAAGCAUGGCAAUUUGUUUUUUAUUGUUCUCUGUAUCUAUUUUGCCAUUGUAUGCCUGCACACAUAGGACAGUCCUCACAGUCUUUAUUUUCAUUGCUCGAGCCUGUAUAACAGGGGGCUGGCAGGUUGCAUAUGUUUAUACACCUGAGGUUUUCCCUACAGCAACCAGAGCUAUUGGUAUUGGUACAGGGAGCGGGAUGGCUCGUGUUGGAGCUCUCAUCACACCAUUUAUUGCUCAGGUCCUUCUGAAGUCAUCGGUUUACCUGACUGUCUCUGUGUAUUUAAUAUGUUGCUUGCUGGGCACAGUGGCAUCCUUGCUAUUGCCCACUGAAACAAAAGGGCGGAGUCUCCAGGAAUCAACGCAAAGCACCAUGGAACAAAAAAACAUGGAAAGGCCGCAUGGCUCUGAGACUGCCGAGUCCUCCAGCAAUACUUGUCCUUAACAGAACAUGGAAAACUG